AUGACGUCCGACGUGCUCACUCAGGCCAAAGCUUGGCUCGAAAAGGACCCGGACCCGAGCACAAAGAGCCAGCUCUCGAAGCUGAUCGAAGGCAACAAUGUGAAGGAGCUACAGGCCAGCUUCAACGGUCGUCUCGAGUUUGGCACAGCAGGUCUGCGAGGUGUUAUGGGCGUCGGCCCCAGCAAGAUGAACCUGCUCACUGUUCUCGAGACCACCGCCGGCCUUGCUGAAUACCUGCUUAAGAGCAACAAGGAAAAGGCCAUCUCCAAAGGUGUCGCCAUCGCCUUCGACGGACGCUUCGGCAGCAAGGAGUUCGCCUACUCGUCUGCGCAGCAUUUCGCCUUCCGUGGCAUUCCAUCGCGCAUCUAUCCGACUCCCACCCCAACACCGAUGUGCGGCUAUGCAGUCAAGAAGCUCGGUCUGGCUGGGGGAGUCGUCGUCACUGCCAGCCAUAACCCCAAGGAGUACAACGGCUACAAGGUGUAUGGCCCUGCCGGCACCCAGAUCAACACGCCUGUUGACGGGCUCAUCGCCGACGAGAUUCUCAAAAUUGCCCAGCAAACCCAACCACCCACAUUGUCAGAACUGGACGCGUGCAAGAGCAAGGGCAUCAUCAAAGAGUUUGGCGACGAGAUGUUGACUAGCUACAUCCAGGAUGUCCAGGAACUCAACACGUUUGCGAGCUCUCCAGUGAACGGUAAAGACGCACCCAUCAGCAUUGCCUACAGCCCACUUCACGGAGUCGGCGCGGCUUCGAUCGAGAGGCUGUCCAAGGAAGUCGUGGGUCUUACGGAGGGAGUCAACUUCUGGAUCUCGCAAGAGCAGAGGGAGCCGGACGGAGCCUUCCCAACGCUCGAAUUCCCGAACCCGGAAGAGCUCUCCACACUCGAGCUCGUACACAAGCUCUCGGAACAGCACAAGACCGGAUUGGCCAUCGUCAACGACCCGGACGCAGACCGCCUGGCAGUCUCUGCUCGCGACCAAGGCGGCAAACUCCGUGCUCUCACAGGUGACCAGCUCGGUGCUCUGCUUGGUGACGAAAUCCUUCGGCGUGCUGCCAAGGCGAACGGGGGCAAGGCGGGCGUGUGGACGCUGAGCACCAUUGUCUCGAGUCGCCUCCUCGCGCGUCUCUCUGGGCACUGGGGCGGUAAGCACGUCGAGACGCUCACCGGCUUCAAGUGGCUUGGCAAUGUGGCUCGCGGAAUCGAGGCACGCGAAGGUGCCGGCUCGUUCGGAUUUGGAUAUGAGGAGGCGCUGGGAUACAUGGCUGCCAGCUCGGUAUGGGACAAGGACGGGCUUUCGUCGUACCUGCUCAUUGUCUCUAUGGCAUUCGACCUGGCCAGGGAAGGAAAGACGCUCUGGGACCGUUUGGAAGAGCUUCACCGCCUGGUGGGCCUGUCAGUCACCAUGCAGAAGAUCAUCAAGCUCAGCCCAACCAUGAAGGGCACCGAUGUCAUGACGAAGCUGCGCGCUGAUCUGGAUGCUGGCAAGGACAGCGUCACGGAGAAGGCAGCCGACAAGUCGUACACGUUCAGCUUGGUCGACGACUUGAAGUCGAGGCCUGCUUAUGACCAGGUGAAAGCGGAAGCUGGCGAUCUGAGCAUCCCUAAGAACGACGUACUGCGCUUCUACGUUCCUCCUAGUCACGUCGACCCCGCCACGGCAGGUAAACGCGACCAACAGGAAAUCAUGCUCGGCGAUGUGCGUGUCAUUGUUCGACCCUCUGGCACCGAGCCCAAAGUCAAGAUCUACACCGAAGCGCUCGGACAGAUCCGAGAAGGCGAGGCGUACACUGAUGCAGUGGAGCGUGUCACCAAGGAGCUCGAGGCAAUUGUCGAUGCCUUUUGGGCUUGGAUGAGCUGA